UUGGACACAAUAAUUCAAAAAUCAACAAAUAUUGAAAAUAAGAAUUCAAAAAAAUUUAAAUUACUGGAUUAUCUGGCCAAAUGCAUUAUUUAUAUGAGAACGGGUGAUUUUAUUAAUGCUUGUGUGUUGGCUGAUAAAUCGCCAAUUUCUUCAAAAAAACAAAAACAAUUAAUUCUGGCCAUUUAUUCCUACAGUCUAGCUUGUGAAUAUGCAUUUAAGGGACUUGAAUUGGGUGAUGAUGUUGACCAAAAUUUAAAUGCAGUUUUGUCUCUCUAUACACUCGAAUUGGUUGUUUUAAUUAGAAAAAAUUGUGUUGAUGAAAAUUCUUUGCUUUUUUGUAAUAAUUUUAUGUUGGGAUCAUUUGUCUUCAAUUAUACCCAAACAUUUAUAAAUUUACCUAAAGGAAAUAGAGAAAAUGAAUCUUUUAUUUUUUGUGAUCAAACAACAAUUUUGAGGCGUUCAAAUGAAUAUUUUGAGGGAGAAGCUUGUUUAAAAAGAGCAUUUUUGUUGAGCGAAAAUAUUUAUUUUUUGAGAAGAUUUGUUUGGUUACUUGAAGAAUUUGAUGAAUUUAAAGAGGGAAUUUAUCCAUUUAUUGACGAUUUAUUCAAUUCUAUACCCGAAUUUCCUCAAGAUGCUUUUAAUGCUUGUUCGCCUGAAAGUAUUUCUAGAGCUGAUAUUAAGAUUUUUUUAUUUCGUCUUUCCCAACAUUUAAAAUGCGAAUUUAAUAUAGAAUUUACACUUCCCUGGAUAUUUUACAAAAAAUGUAAUUUAAAUCAUCAACAAUUUUGGAGUUUUGUUAAAUGUGUAAAUAAUGAGGGGAUAGCCAACAUAAACUUGAGUAUUUUAAUUCAAAUAACAACAGCAUUAGAACAAAUAAGAGAUCCAAAUAUUGAACAAAUAUUUUCUGAUGAUUUAAUAAAUACAAUAAAUUUUAUAAAAAAAUUGGGAGAAGAAAAUAAUUUUUUAAAAAUAAUUUUGGAAAGAUAUUCAAAUUUAUUAAAAAUGUUUAUGCCAGAAAAUGAUUGGAUAUUUGUUGUUGAUAAUGAAAAUAAUAAAAUUGAAGCGAAAGAAAGGGAAGAAGAAGAAGAAGGAAAUUUAAUUGAGAGAGAAGUUGUUGCUGUUGAUAAAUUGGAGGAAGAAAUUAAUAAAAUUAUUGAAGAAGAAAAAAAUUUAAAUAAAAAGGUAGAGGGAAAAUUUAAAUUUUUUUGUUGUUAUUGUAGUCAAGGGGCAGGGGGUCAUUUCACGGUUCCAAAAAUUAAUCGGUUCCAGUUGUUAAAAUUUUGGUGGUUCCUAGAAUUGAUUCCAAUACUUGUGUCCUUUCUUCUUUAUGAGAAAAAAAGCGGAGACAAUGGGGCGGGGCUUAUGGGGGAAACUACACAAGUACCGGAAGGGCCUUUCACAAUUCCAAAAAUUAAUCGGUUCAGUCUUAAGAUACUUUGGUGGUUCUUAGAAAUGAUUCCUAAGACCGGGAAACCAGAAAAGCAAUUAUUGUCAAUAUCAACACAAACAGACUACCAACAACCACCCCAACAACAACAAAAUAUCCAACAACAAAUUAAUCAACAACAACAACAACUUAAUAAACAAAUUAAAAUCAUUCAAGAUUGGGGAGAAACUAAUUUUAAUAUAAACAGAUGGAUAUGCCACAAUGCUAUGCUUUACAAAAUAUUUAAUCGAAGAUAA